GAUUCCGUUCAGUUUUGGGGCCGACUUCACCAAGAGCAGUUCGGAAAACAGACUAAAAUUCAAAAUUUCUCCGUGUGGCUAACCUCCUUCGUGUUCUCGACUUUUUCCCUCUUGGCCGUUCUCCACAUUCCCCGCAUUCUCCGCAUUUUCCGUAUAUUCCGCACAUUGCGCAUUCGCCAUGUCGGACGACGUUCCCUUCAACCCGUUCUACAUUGGUCCGCAUCCGAGUAAGGCGUGUGCGGUUGCCGAGGCGCCCGGCCAGCAGUGCUCCCCCAACUGUCCGCCGCCGGAGGGACAGGCCAGUGGCACCGCCACCGCCUCCGCUUCCGGUACCGCUUCCACUUCGGCAGUGAAGCCAGGAGCAGCUGGAGCAUCUGGAGCACCGGGAACGGCGGCCCCCGCGGAAGGACAGGAGAACCAAACCGUUCCGAGUGGAAAUGCGGGCGGGAUGCUCAUCGUGAGCAUGGUCAACAUUUACAGCCCCUCGGAGGUGCUGGCAGCCGCCGCCGGAUUGGUGGAAUCAGGUCCACCAGGAACGGCAACCGGAACAGGAGCAGCGGGAACAGGAGCGGUGGGAACAGGAGCAGCGGGAACAGGUGCAACAGGAGCAGCUGGAACAGCGGGAACGGGAACGGGAACAGGAGCGGAUCAGGCUGCGCCGGCGCCCAAGAAUAUCAUAUGCAAGCCAUAUCCCUGCAUGGAGGGUGCCCGCUCCGAAGGUCCUGAAUGUGAUUAGGAGGAAGUCCACAUGGGGAGCACAACCAACAGUCAAUUACAUAGCAACUGGCCAUUCAAAUUAGCAUUACUUCCACCGAAAUAGGCCCCAAAUAUUAUAAUAAACUAAAAAAAAAUAA